AUGAGCCACCAGCCAAAGGGCCUGAAGGAGGAAGCAGGAGGUGGAGUGAGAGGAAGGUCCAGGAGCGGCUCUCCAGGCGCAGGUGACAGGUCUGGGAGGAGAUCCUCCAGGAAGCAGGCCCCCAAAGCAGAGGGUGUGGCAGGCAGGCGUGGAGGCCCUGCUGGCCAGAAGGAGCGAGCCAGGGGCAGCCCAAGGCCAGACUCCCCCAGGAGGAAGCAGGUGGAGCACAGGCGACGUGGAGAGAAGCUGGGGGAACAGGAGCGGGGCACAGCCCAGAGGACCCGCGAGGGGAGGAAGAAGAGAGAUGGGAGGGCAUCCCUCAAGGAGCAGAGAGCACCCUCAAGGAAGAAAAAGGAGGUGCCGAGGAAGGAGAUGUGGAAGCAGCUGAAGAAACGCAGAUCACCUUCCUUGGCCUCCAGUGCCUCUGGUGGGGAGUCUCUGUCUGAGGAGGAGCUGGCCCGGAUCCUGGAGCAGGUGGAAGACAAGAAGAAGCUAAUCACCACCAUGCGCAGCAAGCCCUGGCCCAUGGCGAAGAAGCUUACAGAGCUCAGGGAGGCCCAAGAAUUUGUGGAGAAGUAUGAAGGAGCCUUGGGAAAGGGGAAAGGCAAGCGGCUCUACGCCUAUAAGAUGCUGCUGGCUAAGAAAUGGGUCAAGUUUAAGAGAGACUUUGAUAAUUUCAAGACUCAAUGUAUUCCCUGGGAAAUGAAGAUCAAGGACAUUGAAAGUCACUUUGGCUCUUCAGUGGCAUCGUAUUUCAUCUUCCUCCGAUGGAUGUAUGGCGUUAACCUUGUCCUUUUUGGCUUGAUAUUUGGUCUAGUUAUAAUCCCAGAGGUACUGAUGGGCAUGCCCUAUGGAAGUAUACCCAGAAAGACAGUGCCUCGGGCUGAGGAAGAAAAAGCCAUGGAUUUUUCCGUCCUUUGGGAUUUUGAGGGCUACAUUAAAUAUUCUGCUCUCUUCUACGGCUACUACAAUGACCAGAGGACCAUCGGGUGGCUGAGGUACAGACUGCCCAUGGCUUACUUCAUGGUGGGGGUCAGCGUGUUUGGCUAUAGCCUGAUGAUUGUCAUUAGAUCGAUGGCCAGCAACACCCAGGGCAGCACCAGCGAGGGGGAGAGUGAUCACUUCACGUUCAGCUUCAAGAUGUUCACCAGCUGGGACUACCUGAUCGGGAAUUCAGAUACGGCCGACAACAAAUACGCCUCCAUCACCACCAGCUUCAAGGAAUCAAUAGUGGAUGAACAAGAGAGUAACAAAGAAGAAAAUAUCCACCUGACAAGAUUUCUCCGUGUCCUGGCCAACUUCCUCAUCAUCUGCUGUUUGUGCGGGAGUGGGUACCUCAUUUACUUUGUGGUGAAGCGAUCCCAGGAAUUCUCCAAAAUGCAGAACGUCAGCUGGUAUGAAAGGAAUGAGGUUGAAAUUGUGAUGUCCCUGCUUGGGAUGUUUUGUCCCCCUCUGUUUGAAACAAUCGCUGCCCUGGAGAAUUACCACCCACGCAUUGGGCUGAAGUGGCAGCUGGGACGCAUCUUUGCACUCUUCCUGGGCAACCUCUACACGUUUCUCUUGGCCCUGAUGGAUGACGUCCACCUCAAGCUUUCUAAUGAAGAGACAAUAAAGAACAUCACUCAUUGGACUCUGUUUAACUAUUACAACUCCUCGGGUUGGAACGAGAGUGUCCCCCGGCCACCCCUGCACCCUGCCGACGUGCCCCGGGGUUCUUGCUGGGAGACAGCCGUGGGCAUUGAAUUCAUGAGGUUGACGGUGUCCGACAUGCUGGUGACGUACAUCACCAUCCUGGUGGGGGACUUCCUGCGGGCUUGUUUUGUCCGGUUCAUGAACUACUGCUGGUGCUGGGACCUGGAGGCUGGAUUUCCUUCGUAUGCUGAGUUUGACAUCAGUGGAAAUGUGCUUGGUUUGAUCUUCAACCAAGGAAUGAUCUGGAUGGGCUCCUUCUAUGCUCCGGGCCUGGUGGGCAUCAACGUGCUGCGCCUGCUGACCUCCAUGUACUUCCAGUGCUGGGCGGUGAUGAGCAGUAACGUCCCCCACGAACGCGUGUUCAAAGCCUCCCGAUCCAACAACUUCUACAUGGGCCUCCUGCUGCUGGUGCUCUUCCUCAGCCUCCUGCCAGUGGCCUACACCAUCAUGUCCCUCCCGCCCUCCUUUGACUGCGGGCCAUUCAGUGGGAAAAACAGAAUGUAUGACGUCAUCCAAGAGACAGUUGAAAACGAUUUCCCAACCUUCCUGGGCAAGAUCUUUGCGUUCCUCGCCAAUCCAGGCCUGAUCAUCCCAGCCAUCCUGCUGAUGUUCCUGGCCAUCUACUACCUGAACUCGGUUUCCAAAAGCCUUUCUCGAGCUAAUGCCCAGCUAAGGAAGAAAAUCCAAGCGCUCCGUGAGGAUGAGAAGAGCCACAAGGCUGCCAAAGGCGGAGCCGCGGCCAGAGGCUCAGAGGACACAGCUACCGGCAGCUCCAAAAGUGCCACCAAAGCAGGGACCAUGCCUCAUUCUUCCAGCCAAAGCCAGACCCUCGACAAGAAGGCGCAGGGCCCUGGGACCUCCAGGUCUGCCGGUGGGACCAUGCCGCCUGCCUCCAGUCACCUCCCUAUAUCUCGGCCUCCUGGCAUCAGACCAGAUUCUGGCCAAGCCCAGCCUCAGACUCAUCCUGGGAGGCCGGCCUCUAGAAAGAGUGCUCAGAGACCUCCCCGCUGA